CGCAGCAUCCUCAGUCUGCUCAAGGUGGGUGUGACUACAGGCCAUCUCCUUCAACGACAAGCAAUACGGGAAUUGUGUCUUGUGAGUAAGACUGUGUUUCACUUUUUUUUUUAGGUAAACUGACCUGCAACACACAUUAUAAAAUGGCAGCCUCCGAAGAUAUCCAGGUUAAAGAGCUCGACAAGCGAGCCUCUGGCCAGGCCUUCGAGGUCAUCCUUGCUCCUACCCCUGAUGCCAAGGGUGAGUUUCCCAUCCCUGCUACCAAGAAGAAGGAUCUCUCGCUGGAAGAGAUUCAGAAGAAACUGGAUGCUGCAGAGGAGAGACGCAAGAAUCACGAAGCUGAGGUUCUGAAGCACUUAGCUGAGAAGCGUGAACACGAAAAGGAAGUGCUCCAGAAAGCUAUGGAAGAGAAUAAUAACUUUAGCAAGAUGGCGGAGGAGAAACUCAACCAGAAGAUGGAGGCCAACAAAGAGAAUAAGGACGCUAUUAUGGCGGCUAUGAACGAGAAGUUCAAAGAAAAGGACAAGAAAUUGGAAGAGGUGAGGAAGAACAAGGAAACCAAAGAUCCCAGCGAGGAAGGCACCUCGGAAAACUGAAGACCACAAACAGGGGAUUGUAUAGGGUUUUUUACGUAUCCAAAGAUUGAUUUAUAUUUUUGUUUUGCCAAUAUUGUUUUCACUACCCACAUUUUGAAAUAAAAGCUCCACUUUUGUGAAUUUUUCAAUUAUCCUGCUAUAAGUGUACUUGCGCUUGUUCUACAUGUUCAUUUCCUCCCCAUGAGUCUACUUUAACAUCCAAUAUGUAGCUCGUCCGUGCAGCUUAAGCCCUCUUUUGUAAAUUAGCAGUGUUAUCCUCUUUGGGAAGCAUGUUUCUAUGCAUUGGUCUUUUAUUACCACCUAUUUCAUAGUGCUUUUUUUGGAAACUGUGGACCACACCUGUUCUCGGCACUAUCUGUUUAAAAAGUAGCACAAGGUUUGACCGAGUUGUUGGCUGUUAUACAUGUGGGUUUUUUUUUUUUUUUUUUUUAGUGGCUUCAGCUACCAAGUUAUGCUAAUUUGCUUCUGCAGACCUUGUUCUGUGCAGUUUUUCUUAAAAUAAAAGGGGGAUUUGCUCAAAGAACGAUAGUGUUUAGCUGUGAUUUUGUUGGUUGUGGAGGUUUCUUCAUCGCUGAGCAGGGGUCAACACAUGGAAUGGAAAAGAGCAAAACACUUUGGCAUCUCAGUAGCGAAAUGUGAACUGUUGUACUAAGACAAUAAAAUGUGAACACUUGCUGUGAAA